AUGGCUCCGCCAGGGAAAGGCGCGGGCCGCGUGCCGACUGGAUUUGCAGCCGAGACAUACAUCAGCGAUCACACUUUCCGCAAAGGGCACCGAGCGGUAGAGGGCGGGCAGAGCUCGAAGAAGAGGAAGAGAGAGGCCAAGGGCGACUCGAGUGUCGUGACAGGCGCUGGCGCAUACAAGGGACCCUGGGCACGUUACGAAGAGGAGAGGCCAGACGCUGCUUCAGAUGACGAGUUUGGAAGCGACGAAGAGGUGGAAGUGGUAUACGAAGAAGACGAAAUCGAGGAGAACCCAGAAGCUGCACCAAAGAAGCUCGCCGGCACCGACUACCACGACACCGAGGCUGAGGGCGAAACGACCGAGUUCAAGGGCAGCGAGCAGUACGACUACCAAGGGCGGACGUACAUGCAUGUCCCUACCGAUCUUGACAUCAAGCUCACUGGGGAGUACGAACCGAAGAACUUCAUCCCGAAGAAGCUCGUGCACACUUUCAAAUACCACACCAAGUCCAUUACCCAAGUGCGCUUCAUUCCAGACAGCGGUCAUCUUCUACUCUCUGCCUCUGCAGACUCGAAGAUUGCCAUCUGGGACACAUACCACCAGCGAGAACUGCUUCGAACCUACUCAGGCCACACCAAGUCUGUCAACGACAUCGACUUCAAUCCGGAUGGGUCGCAAUUCAUCUCCGCCAGUUACGAUCGUUUCAUGAAGCUGUGGGAUACGGAGACGGGCAAAUGUUUGAACAAAUUCACAACGGGAAAGACGCCCCACGUCGUGCGCAUCAACCCCAGCACGCCGCACGAAUUCCUAGCAGGUAUGAGCGACAAGAAGAUCAUGCAGUACGACACAAGAAGCGGAGAGAUGGUGCAAGAGUACGACCACCAUCUUGGACCAGUCAAUACCAUCACCUUCUGCGACGAGAACCGCCGUUUUGUCACGACGUCAGACGACAAGUCGCUCCGAGCUUGGGAAUACGGCAUUCCUGUCCCCAUCAAGUUCAUCGCCGAACCGUACAUGUUCUCCAUGGUCCGCUCUGCCCCCCACCCCUCGGGCAAAUACAUCGCCUUUCAAUCCUCGGACAACCAAAUCACCGUCUACUCUUCCACCGACAGAUUCCGCCAGAACCGCAAGAAGAGCUACCGUGGCCACAACGUGGCUGGUUAUGCGCCAGACGUCGCCAUCAGUCCUGAUGGUCAAUUCGUCAUUUCUGGAGACAGCGGCGGUUACGUCUGCUUCUGGGACUGGAAGACUUGCAAAAUGUGGCACAAGAUCCAAGCCAGCGACGCGCCCGUUCUGGCAGUACAGUGGCACCCGCGCGAGACUUCCAAGUUGGUUACUGGUGACCUGAACGGUGUGCUGAAGUACUGGGACUAG